AUGAGCAUAAGUAUCGGUAUUAAUCGUAAGAUUGAUUUCAGCAUACAUUACUGCCUCAACAUAAUGAAGCUCUGCAUCUUGGCCGUUGCUGUUUUCGUAGUUGCAGUGAGCGCUCAAGGUCCUCCACCACUUCCACCAUUCGUGGCCAACGCACCACCUGCCGUUCAGGCUGAAUUCAGACAGCUGGCAAAUGGCGCCCCAGACAAAACCGAAGCAGAAAUCGAAGCUCAGAUCGAGCAAUGGGUAGCUUCCAAGGGAGGUGCUGUCCAGGUGAAUUGA